AUGCCCAGCCAGCCACGCCUCCGUGGACACGAUGCUGUCCCAGAGGUCGCGGACGCCCUGAUCGUCCCUGUUCUACCGCUACCAACGCCAAGCAACAGGAGGAGAAGGAAGCAGAACACCGCGGCCUCGCCGAGCGGCGGCAGCAGGCACAAUGUGGUCGCUAGGAGGAGCAGCACGGUCGUGGCGGCAACGACAACAGUGAAGAGGCGCACCAUACUGACAUGGCUGAUCUUCACAGGUUUCCUGUCCGACAGAGAGAAGGUGUUCUACGUGCCAGUGAACAGCGGCGAGGGCAAGGUUGUCUCGGGCGUGGUCACCAGGACGGGAGUCCACUGUGGCUGCUGCGACGCCGUCGUGUCGCUGCCGGCGUUUAGAGGCGCACGCCGGGCGCGAUCCCGUGCAACAGCGGUCGUGGGAAAGGCUCCUGCUCGUGUCUCGCAGCUCCCUCCCGAACCGCAUGCAGGAGGCGUGGGAGAAGGAGAAGCCCACUACUGCCGAUGCGUGCUGUGA